AGCAUUAAGCAUUAUCUUUAAACAAUAGCAUGAUGACCCUCCAAUGGGGAGUGAUGUUCUUCUUAAUCCCUUAUCCUCUCCUUUAGGCCACAGAUUCCCACUGAACAAUUGUAAUUCUAUUCCUACUUCAAAUUCCACACACUGUUUCUCCACCAGCUCCGGCGGCCGUGGUGCCGGCGGCGGUCGGUGGGAGAGUAAUAACAGGCGCCAAAAAGAGUAUCAGCGGUUUAUAUUCGAUGACGAGCUUAGGGCUAACUUUAAGGAAGAUGAUUUUGGUUUCGGAAGCGCCGUGAAGCAGCGAAUUUGGUGGUCCGAUGAUUCUUCGCUUUGGGGAGAUGACUAUGUAGAUGAAGACGCUGGAUUUGGUAGCUUUGGUGUUAUGGAGGAUUCCAUUGGCUUUGCCUGGCUGACGAAGGUGCUCAGAGCCUUUGGUUGGAUGCUUCCAGCCAUUAUUAUGUCAGCGGUACUUGGAACAGGCACAAAUACUAUUAUCAUGGCAUUAGCACUUCCUUUGGCGCAGUCUGCUCUUUCAUUAGUAAUGGAUGCCAUCUGGGGAUGGUCCAAUGACGGCCCACGAUCCAAGUCCAAGAAAAAGAAAAGAACCUAUGCUAGAGCAGCGAGCAACCCUGGAAUAAGAACGGGAAAAGGACAAAAUACUCGAAAUGGCAAGGGAGUUGGAGACUAUCAAUCCUGGGCUGCCUCAAAUGGUGCAUCAGAUAGAAAAAAGUCAGAAAGCACUGUAAAUUUUGGUGGUUGGGAUGAACUAGACAAUCAUGUGAUGGAAGGACAGUCGAAAAAGCCCCCUAAUCGAAGACUGGCUGAACCAACACAGGGGACUGAUGGUAAAUUGAGUAAGAGAAUCGGGAGGAGAGAAACUCCAUUGCUAUUGAGACUGGUUAUUGCUGUUUUCCCAUUCAUGGGAUCCUGGACCAAGCUAUUGUAAAAUUUGUAAUAAGCUUCGGGAGUUGAAGCCCUUUGUAGAACCAAACCUUGCCGUUUGGUAGCAAAUGAUCUUUGAUUUGGUCCUUGUUGUUUCUCUCAAAGCUAGACUUGAAACCCAAAAUCAUAUUGUUGUACAGAUUAAACAUAGUUUAGAGCUUGUGUUCAUUCUUGCUCAGCUCUAGCACUCAGUCCUAAAAUAAUGCUAGACAGAAAAGCAUGGUGAUGGACCUUGAUUAAUUUGUUUUUCUUUUGUUUCAGAAGACAAGGAUUUGUCUUCUGUUUCUUCUAGCACUCGAAAAUGAUAUGAAGAUAUCAAUGUAAUGUUUAGCAGUUUCAUGGGCUCUUGUUUCGGAUUGAAGUGAAACUGGCGAGAAAGGUUAUAAUUUAGUUCUUAAAUAUGAUAACUUUCAUUGA